AUGAGUUUGGCUACACUUGGCUUAAAUUGGUUCGAUACGUCAAAGUACUUAGAUCCCCGAGAAAAAUACGCUCCCGAGGAACCUGCGCCAUUUCUACCAACAAUUUUCCCUCCUGCAGAAACAUACAGCGAGUGCGAAAAACGAUACUCGUUGACAGUGUAUUGCGUCGGCUACUGCAGCGAUCAAGGCGGGUUCAGAUGGGAGUGCGAAAAAUGGGAAAACUUCCUAAAAUUUGAGAAUAGCUGGAAUACGGCGAAUUGGAGGACACCGACGCCAUUCGCUAUUCGAUUGGCAUGGCUGUAUAUUGGACUGGUUAUACCUGGCUUGGUCGCACAAAUUGUCAUUCAACAAAGGACACAGAUAAAUCCUCUUCCCAUUGCCCGCUUGAACUUAGUCACGAUCGCAGGUCUCUUCCUUGUGGUCACUUCUUUUAGCAGUCUUCAAGAUGGAUCUAACAUCAUCAAAGCCGACGAGGUCAUCAACUUCGGCACAAGAAUAGACAACGGUUUAUCCGCAACUCUUUGCUAUUUAGCAGCAAUUGGACAACUUUCAAUUUAUAUCAUGAGCAUUGUUUUCACAUCUCAAAACAACUGUUACCAUGAAGUUUCAAAUAAAAAUCCAGAUAAAAUUUAG